AGUUUUUCUUUAGUUUUGUUAGGGUGGGCGUUUUAGUUAACAUGUAAUUGGGUGAACUGACCCUAAACAUAUUUCGACACAGCCAGUCCUGCCUGCUCACAGUGAGAGUGCAGCCCUGACCUGGAAGAUAUUAAGUGCAGCGUUAAUGUUUGAGCAGAGCAGCGACAGCUUCCUGCAGCCUGCUGCCCGACACAGAGCCCUGUCUGCCGCACCGACGGUGAGCGCCUCCGCUGUUUGUAAGCUUAAAACACAAGCUAAUCACGGAGGACUUCACCCACCAUGGAGAUCUCUUUUGCAGGCAAACGAGCUCUGGUGACCGGGGCAGGAAAAGGGAUUGGCAGGGCCACGGCUCUGGCUCUGGCACGCUGCGGGGCAAAGGUCACAGCGGUCACACGCACACAGGCCGACCUCCACAGCCUGCUGCAGGAGUGUGACUCCAUCACCCCAGCGUGUGUGGACCUGGCAGACUGGGGGGCCACGGAGGCGGCCCUGCAGGAUGUGGGCCCCAUCGAUCUGCUGGUGAACAACGCAGCCUUUUGCACUCUGCAGCCGUUUCUGGAGGUCACACCCGACAAGUUUGACCAGUCUUUCGAUGUGAAUGUGAAGGCGGUGCUGCAUGUCUCCCAGAUAGUGGGCCGGGGUAUGAAGGCCCGAGGAUCCGGAGGCUCCAUCGUGAACGUGUCCAGCCAGGCCUCGCAGUGCGCCCUCAGAGAGCACACCGUCUACUGUGCCACUAAAGCAGCUCUGGACAUGCUGACUAAAGUGAUGGCUCUGGAGCUGGGCCCCCACCAGAUCCGUGUGAAUAGUGUGAACCCCACAGUGGUGAUGACCGACAUGGGUCGACUGGGCUGGAGCGACCCCGCGAAAUCCAAGACCAUGACGUCCAGAAUCCCCCUGGGCCGAUUUGCAGAGGUGGAGGACGUGGUGAACAGUAUUUUGUUCCUGCUCAGUGAUAAGAGCAACAUGACUAGCGGAGUCUCUCUGCCAGUGGACGGAGGCUUCCUGGCUUGCUGAGCAACAGGAGCCACCUGCCACCAAUAUAACCUUCAUACCUUCCCUGUGUUAGAAGUCAUUUUGUUUUAUAAAUAAAAUGCACAACAAACCUCAAACCUUA